CAGUUUUCGCAGUCAGUAGACAGAAGGCAGAAGCCAGACAGUAGACGGUGGAUUCCGUUCCCCUUCGGCAGAAUUCAAGUUUAAGCCCGGCUCAGACAAUCGACUCGACUCGACCACUGGAGUUCAGUUUGAGGCGAAAACGCGUCGCGACAACAACGAACCACCGGCCGCUUACACUUAACCGACAUAAUAAUAAAAUCGCCAGGCAUCUACCGACAGGUGCGCAAUAUGUUUAUCUUACUCGGAGUACUCUGUCUGCUGCAGAUGGUCAGCUUGGUGCCAGCCCAGCUGAUUACCCUGCGCGACGGCAAGGUGGGCGUUAAUUUUGCCGGCUACCAUGCGGAUGCCGGACUCGGAGGACUCCUAACCGGAAACUCGGCCCACGGCGGACUCAGCGCCUCCGCCGGAACACCAUGGGGCUCGCGGGCAGCCGCCGGCCUAGGCGGCAAUCUCGAUGGACGCACUGCUGGAGUGGGCUAUGCUGCUGCCCAGGCUAAUCCCUCGGUGGGAGCCAGUGCUCUGUUGGGCGGCAGUGUCGGCGAACAUGGCUAUAUCGGAGCCGAGGCCCACAGUCCCGGCAAGACGCUGAUUUCCUCCUCCCAGCACACUGUUCAGCCGGCACCUGCUUCGCCCACAUCUGCCCCGGCCCAGGGACCCGGACUGCCCACCGUUCGCUCUUACAUUCAGAAGGUUAAGCCUCCAAAGAAGUACUCGCUGAUCAGCCAGGAUCCGGACCGCAGCGAAAUCAUUGAAAAUCAUGUUAAAACGGCCGCAGAUUCCGAUGCGGCGGGUAAACACGAGCCCCCAAGCCUGAUAAUUGUCAAGCGGCCACGCCUACGCGUUAAACGCCCACGCCAACGCCAACGUACCGUAUACGUGAUGCAUCAGCAGCAGCCACAGCAACAACAACUCAUUCCGGAAACAGAGGAAGUGGAAGUGGCGGAAGGGGAUGCAGAGGCGCGACAAGAACAGUCGCCGGUUGAGGCGCCAGUGAAGAGCGAGGCCAAGGCGGUGCAGACCCACAAAUACAAGGCUGCCCAGCGGCAGCAGCCAGCGAACCAUCCGUUCAUCGCCCCUCAGGCUCAGGGGCCUGUCGGUCUAGCCCUCGAUAUCCCCAUCGGUAUCCUUCGCUCCUUGCAGCAAUCAAUUGGCGCCCUAACAGGCGGAGGUCCCCAGCAACCCCAGGCCGCGGCUCCUCUGGGCUAGCCUGCAAUUAGCUUGAAAACGUUUAUAAGAAAUAAUCUAGCUUCAGUAUUUUUAAGCUACUUUUUAUAAAAAAAAAAACAAAACACCAGGUGAAAAAAUAUUGGACUUUUUAAGCCCAGACAAAAUUGAUUAUGUGGAAAUAAAAUAGUUUUUUUCAUAAAUAA